AUUCUAAUUUGUCAUGGAUCCAUCUCCCAGGGUUCAGAGCUAAAACCAAAUUUGCUGGCUGAUCAGAACAGACUGGAUGGUCUCCAAUCAGCCAGUCCUCUCCUGAGGGCAUACCUUUUGGGAAGCCCAGUCAUUAGCCUCAGGGUUGAGAAAGGGUGAUCUUAGUGGUUGGGGUUGACUAGAGAGGUCUGUGGAGGACCCACCUUCACUUGUGUGAGCCAAUCUAUCAGUGAUUGACAGAGCUGGGUUCCUGGAAUCUGCUUGAGAGGGCAUUGCUAGAGUUUGCCUCUCACACUGUCCAUUUGGUACUUGCAUGACUGAUAGGCAACCCUUAUGAGUGAUGAUACGGACUUGUGUUGAAGAGUGGGGCUUUGGAGUCAGACCUGGGUUUCAGGGCUCCACUAUGCGAUUUAAGGCAAAUUAUUUAACAUCUUGGAACCUUAUUUUUCUCACCUGUGACACUUGAGGGUGUAACAGUUUUCAUACUACCUCCAAAAAGGUUGCUUACCGUCUUGUCUUGAGGGCUGUUGCAUAACUUGUUUUUUUGGUAGAUUGAAACGAUACUUAUUUUCUAUUUCCAAGUACUGUCUUUUUUUCUGGGGGUGGGGGGGUCUGGGGGUUCUGCCCUUUUAUUUUCCCCAUAAUACUGCCCUGGCUUUCAAAUCUACCCCCAAGGACCUUACCCAAGCUCCAUCUGCCAGGAGCUGCAGGUCUGGUCAGCUUUCUUUUAGUUCCGCCAGAAAAGUUCUUACCCUCUCAGGGCUGUUGCAGAGACCCCCUCUCCCUGGAAUGCUAUUCCUCCCUUGGCCAACUCCUCACCAAUUUGCAUUCAGUAGGUUUCAGUUUAAAUGUCACCCCUUCAGAGAGGACAUCAUUGACCACUUUAGCUAAAGUAUAAAACACCUGUGUUAUUCCUCUGUCGCUUGCUUUUUGAUUCCCCUCCACCGGGCAGUAAGCACCAUGAAAUCAGGGACCAUCUGUAGUUCUGAUCCCCAGCACCUAGCCCACUACCUAGCACGUGGUCUUCGCUGACUACUGUGGAAUAACUGAAGCCCCAGGAAGCGCUGGAUAAGUUAUCAGGACCCUAUUAGAAACUGGUAGGGCAGCCAGUGCUCUAUGCUUCCAGCUUCAGUGCCCAAUUCAUGAAGCGUCUGGGGCAGGUAAGGCCCCGAAUUUGGCCCCGCUGGAAGUAAACCCCCGAACGGCCACCCGAGGCCUGAUUGUGCCAGGGGAAUCGUUUCUAAGGCGACAAAAAACAGAGGGCGGGGCCUCAGAACGGAGGGUUUAGCUCGGGCCCCCGCAGGGCGCUCCCGCGAGACGCGGCUGCGCGCGGAGGGGGAGGCGGGCUCUGGGGCCCAGGGAAUGCGCGCGCGCGCGGCGAGGGUCUCAUGCAGGGGCCCACCGCGGCGCUGCUCCUGAGGGCGGGGGAGCUGGGGGCCGCACAGCCGGACUCCACCGCCUGGUACCGCCAGGAGCGGGGCCCCGUGUGCAGCUGGCCACGGAAGCCGCAGCCGCUCGAGCGCCGCGCCACUUCCCCCGCCCCAUGGCACAGGGCGCGCCACUCCGAGUUCCGGCUUCCAGAGAAGGGUCCGGCGCACGGCCAAGACUGGGUCUGCAGCCCAGCCUCAGCGCGCCGCCUAGACUGCGCCCUCCGGCCCUCGGUCCACGACAGCCACGCCCAGGGCGCCGAAGAUCCCCGCCUCCCUGGGCCCUCGCCUACCCCGGCCCAGGAGGACGCCCCGCCCCAGGACGGUUCUCUUGUCCUUUGGCGAGGAUUCUCCAAGGCGUCUCAACACAUGGGCCGGCUCAGAAACGCCAAGAUCCACGUGGAGAGAGCUGUCAAGCAGAAGAAGAUCUUUAUGAUCCAAGGUCGCUACCCUGUGAUCCGGUGCCUCUUGCGUCAAAGGGGCUGGGUGGAGAAGAAGAUGGUCCAUCACUUGGGUACCACUUUGCCACAACCACAUAAGGAUCUGGACAGCUCAGUAAUGGGUGACAGUGACACAACUGAGGAUGAGGAUGAAGAUGAGGAGGAGGCAUUCCGGCCACCACAGCUGUUUGACUUCGAUGAGUUAUUGGAAUUUGAUGACCUACAUGGGACACACGCUCUGAUGUCACGUAUGGUUCGGAACGAGAUCCCCUACUUCAUCUGGACUACUCGUCGGGACAUCCUGGACUGUCGCUUCCUCUCCAAGGAUCAGAUGAUAAACCACUAUGCUCGGGCAGGCUCCUUUACCACAAAGGUCGGUCUGUGUCUCAAUCUCCGGAAUUUGCCGUGGUUCGAUGAGGCUGAUGCCGACUCCUUCUUCCCGCGCUGCUACCGCCUGGGGGCUGAGGAUGACAAAAAGGCCUUCAUAGAGGACUUCUGGCUGACAGCUGCCCGCAACGUUCUCAAGCUGGUGGUAAAGUGCGAGUGGAAGUCAAACUCUGUCGAAGAAGAGGAGGCCCCAAGAGACAAGCAGCCAAAGAAACAGGAGAAGAAGCCAGUGUCAGUGUCCCCAGAGUUUGUGGAUGAGGCUCUGUGUGCCUGCGAGGAGCACCUUAACAACCUGGCGCAUAUGGACAUCGACAAGGACGUGGAGACCCCGCCCUGCCUGAGCCCUGAGGGCUGGUCCCUCUUCCUCCAGCGCUACUACCAAGUGGUCCACGAGGGGGCAGAACUCAGGUACCUCGACACUCAGGUCCAGCGCUGUGAGGACAUCCUGCAGCAGCUGCGGGCUGUGGUGCCCCAGAUGGACAUGGAAGGAGAUCGCAACAUCUGGAUCGUGAAGCCGGGAGCCAAGUCCCGUGGACGAGGUAUCAUGUGCAUGGACCACCUGGAGGAAAUGCUGAAGCUGGUGGACUGCAACCCCAUGAUGAUGAAGGACGGCAAGUGGGUGGUGCAGAAGUAUAUCGAGCGGCCCUUGCUCAUCUUUGGCACCAAAUUUGAUCUGAGGCAGUGGUUCCUGGUGACUGACUGGAACCCACUUACUGUGUGGUUCUACCGUGACAGCUACAUCCGCUUCUCCACACAGCCCUUCUCCCUGAAGAACCUGGACAACUCUGUGCACCUGUGCAACAACUCCAUCCAGAAGCACCUGGAGAAUUCAUGCCACCGGCACCCACUGCUGCCCACAGACAACAUGUGGUCAAGCCAGAAAUUCCAGGCCCACCUGCAGGAGACGGGGGCCCCGAACGCCUGGUCCACUGUCAUUGUGCCUGGCAUGAAGGCCGCAGUGAUCCACGCCCUGCAGACCUCCCAGGACACUGUGCAGUGUCGGAAGGCCAGCUUCGAGCUCUACGGUGCUGACUUUGUGUUCGGUGAGGACUUCCAGCCCUGGCUGAUCGAGAUCAACGCCAGCCCCACCAUGGCACCCUCCACGGCUGUCACCGCCAGGCUCUGCGCCGGCGUGCAGGCCGACACCCUGCGUGUGGUCAUCGACCGGCGACUGGACCGCAACUGUGACACGGGGGCCUUUGAGCUCAUCUACAAGCAGCCUGCAGUGGAGGUGCCCCAGUAUGUGGGUAUCCGGCUUCUAGUAGAGGGCUCCACCAUCAAGAAGCCCCUGGCGAUGAGUCACCGGCGGAUGGCCGUCCGCCCAGCCCUCCCUCACCUGCUGGCCCCGAGAGGCUCUGGGGAAAGCAAGGACUCAGGAAGCCCCAUCCACAGGUCAGCUUCUAGGAAAGUUGCUGGGGCCAGAAGCCUGGGGCACACUGAGAAGCCAGAUUCCACUGCCACCACCUCAGCCCCUGGAAAGGGGAAGAAAGGCAAGGCGAAAAGUGCCACAGCCCAGGUCCACCCCAAUCUCCGGAAGUGGGACACCCCCAGCACGAGGAUGGGCUGCAUUUUUACCAUGACCUUAGCUAGCAGGGACAGGCAUCCCUACUCUUUGAACAGAUUGCCACUGAGUCUGAAGAACUCCCAAGCCCUGGGUAAGACCCUUCCCCCCAAACACCCCAGGGCCUCAAGACAACUUCUUCCUGUUCUCCAAGCCCCUCCUAACCACCUGGGUUUGCCCCCACCCACAGCCCCACCAGAGAGUCACCGGUAGUAAGUAAAAGCCACCACUUACAAAGUAUUUUUAAAAACUGCAUGACUGAAUGACUGUGAUCCACCCUCCCACAAAGUAGUCAUGUCGUGAGGCCGUUGUACUCAUUUUGAAGAUGCCAGGACUCAGUCCCAGGUUGAUCUCACUCCAGAGCCCCAACUUUUCCUGCUGUAGUAUUCUGUCUUUGCUGCCGUGCAAAGUUGCCUCUGGGGGAAAGAACUAAUAUCUGUACAGCACAUAACAGUUUAAACUGUGUCACUACCUGACCAGCUCCUUUAGUUCUCACAGCCUAGAGAGGGAGGUGCUAUGAUCCCCAUUUUCCAGCCGAGGUAUCAGGAAGUGUAAGGAAGUUGCCCGAGGUUGCACAGCUCAGAAGGGGCAGAGCUGGGAUGCAGACCCAGGUCUGUUGGAAUUCAAACCCUGUGUCCUUCCCAUGGUCUCUGGAGAAGGAACUGGGUGGGCUCCAUCUGCCCUCAUCUCCCCCUGCCUCCCCACCUUCCACGCAAACCUUGAGGGGCAGCUGGUCAGCCUUAGCCCCUCCCCAGCCCCUCACGGCCCCUCUUGCUCCCACAGCCCCUUACCACUUCCCAAGCCUCCACAGCAAGCCCCGGCUGCCUUCUCCCCAUGUGCCCUGGCCCCAGGGGCAGGUCCUCAGACUACAGCACAGCAAGCUGGUGGGCACUAAGGCCCUGUCGACCACA